AUGUCCGCUGAUAAAAUCGAGAAGCUUCGCCUCUUAGGUGGCGACAAGGUCUUUUGGAAGUCGAUUCUCUAUAAACCUUGCUAUUUCCGAGAUGACCGCAUUAAUACCCUUCCGAUUCAUAAAAGACGAGAGUACGAACAGAGAAAUGGAUUACGGCUUAUCAUAACGAGAGAUGGACAACGAAGGCGGGAGGUGAUUCCCGGUGGAGCGCAAGAUCGUGAUUGGAGGGCGCAUGAAGAAAGAGAAAGGCAGCUCGUGGUCGUUAAUGAAAAACUGUCACACUAUAUUGACUAUAUCAACACUUUGCUGGGAAAAUAUCCA